AUGGAAGAUGAGAAGUUCAACUCUCUAGUAACUCUGAUUCGACGUGCGCUGACCAUCUGCGGUUUUGAUAUCUUGAACGAAGAGUGGCGUCUGCAUCUGUGGUCUCUCGUGACCAUCGUCGUAGUGUUGACGUUUCCGCUCUCAGUUGCCCGUUUGCUGAUUCUGCAGCCCAAUUCGUUGGAUCUGAUUGCGGAAGGUUUUGCCCUUCUAAUCACCGAUGUUGGAGCGAUGAUCGCUUUGCUGGAUUACGUCUAUAAUCGGAAGCACUAUCGAGCAAUCAUGGAGGACAUCAGAUCACGGCGAUACAACUAUGUUGGUCCAGAAAUCGACGCCUUGUUCGAUGAAAGUUUUAAUCGGAAUAUUUUCUACGUGAAAUUUUUAUAUACGCUGUAUAUUUCAUCGUCAGUUUCCUACUUGACCCUGCCUUUUGUUCUACCGAAUGAGAAGAAGUUUAACCUACCUUUGCCCGGUAUUUUACCUUUCUUGAGCACAGAUAGUCCUUUCUUUUACUUCGGAAACAUUGGUUAUCAUGUAUUCGUUGUUAUAAUCGUUCAACACAUAUUCUCAGCCCAGUGCUCGAUUCUCGUAACCAGUGUUAUAUCUUGUUGCUGCCAAAUCGAUGCGCUGAAAAUUAUGGUCGUCGAUUUUGGGAAAAUCAUCAAUGAUCCGACCAGCUCCCCACGAAUCAUCUCCGAAGCGUUUACUAACGUCUUCUUACAUCAUUCUUCGACGAAAGAUUUCAUUGCGUGGAUCCAGCGCCAAUACGCUGUAGUUUACCUAUCCAUAUUUUUGGUUUGCGGUGGAAUUGUCACAACGUGUUUGAGUGUACUUUCGGAGCAAUUAAUCUCACCGUGUAAUUUCCUGAUGAUAUCUGGGUUUUUCUCAGCUUUGGUUCACUGCUACUUUGGGAAUGCUCUACUCAUCACCAACGAUCGAUUGCCGGAUGUGGUCUAUGAGAUCAAUUGGGAAGAGCUUCCGGUUUCAAAACAGAAAGAUUUUAAAUUUUUUCUCGCAAACUCCCAGCUGCCAGCUCAACUGGAUGGCAUGUUGCUGCCUCUCACCAUGAAUACUUUCAUUCAGGUCGGUUUUUGA